CUAAUUUGCAAAGUGGCUAGGCCUAAAUAUGAAUGAUACUGGGGACAAAUUCACGGAUUUAUCAGCUGAAAACGUAAAGGAAAAACGCCCACAAUUCGGAAACAGAAACCUUGAAAAUCAGGAUAAUGUGUUUGAACACAAUGCAUGUAAACAACUUUAAGAAGUGUGUCGAUAAUAAAAUUCUACAAUGGUUAUUAAGAAGAUCAUUUGUAAGAUGCCUUCAUGUUCUUCAGUUUGGCAUAUCACACUCUCAUUGGACACACCCUAAUGUUUACUGGUCUUACAGUCAGAGGUCAUUUCACAGUAAAAAGAUCCAAAGACCUGUGGGUGGAGGGAGGCCUUUAGUUAAUCAAGAUGAUAUUUUCAAAUGUAAUAAUUGGGACAAUGUGGAAUGGAAUGCUGAACAAGAAAGAUCUGCUAAAGAAAUAACAGAAAAUCAGUGGAAGUCAAAACUGUCUCAAGAGAAAAUAGAUGAAUAUGAAAAACAGGCAGGUACACACUGGGAUACAUUUUAUGGAAUUCAUCAAAACAGAUUCUUUAAAGAUAGAAAUUGGUUGUUUACUGAGUUCCCAGAGUUGUUGCCUCCUCCUGAUGAGGGUUGUGGAAAUAACAUUAAACCUCAAGAGACAUGUGUUGUAAAUGAUUCCAGCUUUAACUUAUUAGAGGUGGGAUGUGGUGUUGGUAAUACAGUGUUUCCAGUUCUGAAAACAAACCAGAAUCCAAAUUUAAAGAUAUACUGUUGUGAUUUUUCACCUACAGCAAUAGAAAUAGUUAAGGGUCACCCAGACUACAACCAAGACCGCUGUAAUGCAUUUGUAUGUGAUAUAUCAGAUGAGAUGUCAGCUACUCCAAUUUCUGAUAAUUCUUUGGAUAUUGUCACUAUAAUAUUUGUUUUGUCUUCCAUUUCACCAGAAAAAAUGCAAUAUGUGGUGAACAGAUUGACCAGAUAUUUAAAACCAGGAGGGACUAUUCUCCUCAGGGAUUAUGGAAGAUAUGAUAUGGCUCAGUUAAGGUUUAAACAAGGCAGAUGUUUAUCAGAGAAUUUUUAUGUUAGAGGAGAUGGAACUAGAGCUUAUUUCUUUACUCAAGAUGAAUUAAAACAAAUGUUUGAAAAAGCUGGACUAGUAGAGAAACAGAAUUUAAUUGACAGACGUUUACAAGUGAACAGAGGAAAACAGUUAAAAAUGUACAGAGUUUGGAUACAAUAUAUAUUCCUGUUACCAUAAUAAAAGAUGGAUUAUGAGUUUAAAUGGAUUCUCAGACACAAAAGUGAAGAAAUGAAUGUUUCA